AUGUUGAGAUUAUUACUUCUUGUCUCGAUUUGCUCUUCGAUUAAGAUAGAGUACAACGAAUGCAAAGACCCACAAAUCAUAAAGGGCUCGACAAACAUCUACAUUGAAGACCUUUCCCAACGCACCGUCUAUAACUCGAGAAAGGGAGUGUUCAUCCAAAUAACUCCCGAGAGCAGUGCGUUAGGGUUUUCCUUUCAUACAAUGGAAGACACAUAUCAAGUUGUAGGCAUUCAAGAAGUCACUGAUUGCACCACAUUUAGUGAAGUGAUGUUACUUCCAAAGCCAUUAGUAGUGGAGGUUGGACAGUCUAAAACGUACUUUGUCUCUCUCGCCGACACAGAAGUGACUGAGUACGUAGUCAUAGCAGAGAAGAUGUUAGUCUCUGCGAGUAAGACUGAGCCUAUAGUUAUUAGACAAGAGUUUUUGCCAUUGACCUUUGACAUUCACACAUACACAGAAGCCAACACCAUCUAUUACAGUGUCUUAGGAAGAACUAAUUGGAAAGUUGCUGUUGAAAUUGAUGGAACGCAAAUCACUACAGUUGAUAUGAAACAAGACCAACGCACUUUACUGACUGUCAUGAAAGAAGCCGGGAUCUAUCGACUCACACUUAAACUCGCCGAUGAAGAAAAGUCCUCCCCACUUCCUAUUGUAGUCGAUGAAACUGCUCCCGCUGUUAUUAAUGCAGUCUUCCGUACUGAAAGUGCACAAGAAGAGUCCAUUUGUUAUGAAGGGAAGCAUCAAAUAGUUCAAUACAAGAGUACUGCAAAUGGAGUUCUUCAGAUUGACGUUGUUAGUGAUCCGCUUGGAUUUGAGACGUUUGUAAAUACUAAUAACAAGUGCAGCAUCUACUCAAAUGAGACAGAAGUCCAUGGAGACUUUGUUAUUGUUCUGAAAUCAAAUAGCAAAAUAUAUCAAGACAGUACCGUCGUCAUUAAAACAACACUGAAACAGGCUGUUCAACCUAUCAUCGACCCAUCUGAAGAGCCGGGAAUGGAUAAGGACUUGAUGAUCACUAUCAUCGUCUUUUCUAUUGCAGUGUUCUUAUUGAUCGUUAUCAAUAUCGGACUCAUUGGGUUCAUCAUCUAUUCAAAGAAAGUGAAGAAGGACCAUUACCAGUCUCUUUAA